AGAGGCGACUUUGCUGAAUUUUUCACCUCGGGCAGGAAGCUACCCGCUCCCCCUCACCAUGGCUUCCAACUUCAACGACAUAGUCAAACAGGGAUACGUGAGGAUACGGAGCAAGAAACUGGGGAUCUUCCGGAGGUGUUGGCUGGUGUUCAAGAAGGCCUCCAGUAAAGGACCCCGGCGGUUAGAGAAGUACCCAGACGAGAAGGCAGCGUACUUCAGGAGCUUCCACAAGAUCACCGAGCUCCAGAACAUCAAGAACAUCACCCGGAUGCCGCGGGAGACGAAAAAGCACGCCGUGGCCAUCAUCUUCUGCGACGACACGUCCAAGACGUUCUCCUGUGAGUCGGAGCUGGAUGCAGAGGAAUGGUGUAAGCUGCUGUGCGUGGAGUGCCUGGGCAGCCGCCUCAACGACAUCAGCCUGGGAGAGCCAGACCUGUUAGCAGCGGGGGUACAGCGGGAGCAGAACGAACGUUUCAACGUGUACCUAAUGCCCACCCCUAACCUGGACAUCUACGGGGAGUGCACCAUGCAGAUCACCCACGAAAACAUCUACCUGUGGGACAUUCACAACGCCCGCCUCAAACUCGUCAUGUGGCCUCUCAGCUCACUGCGCCGAUACGGACGAGACUCCACCUGGUUCACUUUUGAGUCUGGGAGGAUGUGUGACACAGGAGAGGGUUUGUUCACGUUCCAGACGCGGGAGGGGGAGAUGAUCUACCAGCGGGUCCACUCGGCCACUCUGGCCAUUGCCCAGCAGCACGAGAGGAUGAUGGAGGAGAUGGAGAAGAGCUCCCAGAUCCACUCCAGAGAGACGCUAACCAAGUCCAUCUCCCUGCCACGCAGCGCCUACUGGCAGCACAUCACGCGUCAGAACAGCGUGGGAGAUCUCUACAGUUACCAAGGGAGUGGUGGAAGGGAAAGGCUAGUGGACAGAGGAAGCGGCCUGACAAUGACUUUCAUCCCUCGAGCACAGACGUUCCCCAGCUUUCUGUCUGAUGAGCCAGAACAGGAGGAGAGCCAGCACCAGGAAGAGGCACCAUCGCCCUCUAGUGGCUGUGAAUCCAGUUGCAGCCUGAGACCCCUUCAAUGACACAGAAUUGCUCCACCAAACUGGACACUUUACCCACUGCUGUAGAAAGGAUGUAGAAAUAUGUAUAGCGACAUGUGUAAUAUAUCAUUUCCUGGUGAGCGAUAGUGUCAA